AUGGGUGUAGAAAGAAUGAAGAUCAUUGGCGAUUCAAAUCUCGUACUAAGUCAAUUGCAAGGAAACUUUGCUGUGAAGGAGGCAACCUUGGCACCAUAUUGUACAACUGCUGAAAGGCUCAUUAAUUCUUUCAAGCAGAUUGUGAUGGAACACAUUACGGGGGUCACCAAUAGAUACGCCAACACUUUGUCCACGUUAGGAUCAAAGCUCUCGUUUGUCCAAGAGCAGCCUAAUAUUAUUGUGAUAAAGAGAAACACACCGAUAGUCAAAACAAUGACUCAAGAAGAAUUGCUGGAAGGGGAUGAUUGGAGAAAGCCAGUAAAGGAGAAAUUAAAUGAACGAUGA